AUGGGUGAGCUGUGGUUAUUCCUGUUCCUGCCACUGUCCCUGGUAGCCUUCCAUGGGGUGAAAGGCUGUUUGGACUGUGACCCAAAAUUCAUAGAGGAUAUUAGGAUCACACUGACAAAGAUGGUGCCCACAGAAGUCCCUGAUCGAACUCAAUUGCUUGAACGACAGUUUAAAGAGAUCACCCGUUUAAGCUUCAAAACCGUCCACAGGAACAAGAUGCUUCGGGUAUUGGCUGUUCAAACUGUCAUCAACUUGAGAACAUGGUUGAAGAAUGAAUUUUAUAUCAUCGGCAAUCAAACAUGGAAAGGGGUCUUUAUCUAUCAAGGCCAGUUUCUCAAGAUGCGCAAAAGGCUGGAAUCUAAACUGACAGAAAAAUUAACGACCUUCUCUGAAGUUGCUUGCUCAGAAGAUUGCAUUGUAACUGAAGGCCCCAUCCUUGAUUGUUGGACCUGUCUUCGUGUGUCUUCCCAGUGCUUCAGAGGAGAAUAUUGUGGAGAUGAUGAUUUGAAGAAGGCUGAGAAUCGAGAAAUUAUACUCUUUCUGAUACUGUUUACAGAAGCUGGACUAUUGGCAAGUGCAGUGCUACUAUUCUAUUUCUGUGUCUCUCACCGGAGGAAAAUGAAGACAAUUCGAAGGACACUAAAGAAAUACUUGGAGAAGAAACUUGAGGAAUUAGUGGGGAUGGCAGAUAAGGAGGAAGAAAAGAAAAUAAAUGACUACAAGAUAUAA